AAGCUGUGAAUUUCGAAGAACUUGAUUUUUAUUUGUUGCAGCGUCUACAUGUUUUUACCCGUUCCAUUAACUGUUAUUUAAAAAACAAUCAAUUAAAAAAGAAUCCUAAUAAAUUAAUUUAAUUUAAAUAUGUCUCAUCACGGCUACGCAAACUUAAAUAUGUUUGAGAUAAACAACAUGAACGAUGAUGAUCGCGUCGACUUCAAUGAGGAUUCCAGAAACACCAAUUUUGAUCAAAAUCUUUACGAUAGCGAAGAAGAUACAGAAGAAGCUAGUGAAACUGAAUUCAGAAAUCAUCAUCGUAGCAAUGAUGAACCAAUGGAAAUUAAAGAACAAAUGUAUCUGGACAAGUUAGCAAGUCUUCAUAAACUGUUAGGUGAACUGAAAGCUCUCUGUCAUCCCGAAUACAUGAAGAAGGUAAAGAAACUUGAGAGUAUGUAUAAAGAGCGUUUACGGCUGAACGAAACUUAUCGUGAUUACCUGAGAGAAUGUGUGGAAAGGGACUAUGUUCUUGAGAAGAAAGCUGCUCUAAAGGAAUACGAAGAGAAAAAGGCCGAUCUCAAAGACAACAUCCUGACUGACUUUGAAGAUAAGAAGAAAUUAAUUGAAAAUGAACGUCAUAGUCUCGAACUAACAAGUGAUUCGAUGGAGAUCAAACCAACAGUUACCAGAAAACUUAGGCGUCGACCUAAUGAACCCAUGCCAGUUGUUGAAAAGAGACGCAAACCUGCAACUGGUCAACUUCUCGUCUAUCUGCUGGAAGACAAAGACAUCGAUAAUGAUCUCAAAACCAUAAGCAGGGGCAAACCCAUGACUCCAACAAUGUCUCAAAAUGGAGUAUCCAGUCUCAUGAAUAAUUCUGCAGGACUUAUAAUGCCUGAAUCUAAUAACUCCUUUGUUGAGACGAGAAUAGAGGAUGGAAAAUUGUUGUAUGAACGUAGAUGGUUUCACAGAGGUCAGCCAGUUUAUGUUGAAGGCAAAGAGUUGCCUAAAUUUGCAGCUACUAUCUCAGCUAUUGGCAAUGAAAUAGUUUGGGUUAAGAAAGUUACUGACAACAGCCGCACCAAGAUUAGCAUGUCCCAUUUAGCAAAGGGCAAAGUAUCAAUCAAGCGUAGAGCUAAUUAAAUUUCUUUUGGUGUUUCUCUUUAACGUUAACAGUAACCAUAAUUUUUUAGGAUUAAAUAACUAAUAACUGCA